CCCCCACGCCUCCUCCUCCUCCCUAGCCGCGGGCAGCAGCAGCCAGCAUCUCCCCCCGCCCGUGACGCGAGCUCCAUCCCCACAGCCCCCUCCAGACGCUCCUCGCCGCUGCUGCCCUCGCGGUGCGCAGCGCGCUUCGCCUCCUCCGCCCGACAACUUCGCAGUGCGCGGGGCGUCUCGGACGACCCCCCAAGCGGAGUUGCUCGCUGGGUCAGGAAUCGUCGCGGGGUCCACGCUGCGCAGGCGAUUGGAGAUCCUCCCGCAGCAGCUACCGCAGCAGCUGCUGUCGGCGAGCGCCUAUUAAGGGCCACGCGCGUUGGUGGCGGCGCCGCUGCCGCUGUGGCCCUCCUCCUCCUCCCUCCUCCUCCCUCCCCCAGCCCACAGCAGCAGCAGCAGCCUGCGUUGGUGCCAAGCGGUGGAGUCGAGCGCGGAGCGACCUCCCGACGUGCACGGCUGGCCACGCAGGGCGCGAAGAGAAGUCCUAGGCGGAGCAGGGCGAAGGGGACGCGGCGGGGUGGAGAGAGAGGACCUCUGAUGCCGGUGUCCGUGUUGGAUUCUGGUGUCUGACAUUCUCUCUCCGCUGCUGGCUUCGAGCCAUCGUCGUCGUCAGCGAUGGAUCUGCUGCUGCUGCUGCUGGGCUCCGCGUGGCUGUGCGCCGAGGCGGCUCCCGUCUCCGAGGAGCCGUGCUCGUGGACGGGCAGCGGGCUCUCCCAGAAUCCACGCUCCGUCUCGCAGAUCUACCUGCACUGCACCCAGGGCUCCGUGGACUGGCUCUACCCGCAGGGAGCCCUGCAGAUCCAGCUACCCGUGCCCCCGCCGCCUUCCCCGGCGGCGACGGCGCCGGCGACGGCGCCGGGCGACCCGGGCGCCGGCGAGGCGUCGCUGUGCGCGCGGGCGGCGCGAGGCUCCCGCGGCGCCAGCGUGUUCGCCGAGCGGCCCUGGGGCCUGGAGCUGCUGCUGGCGGAGGCGGAGGCCCCGGGGAGGGUGCGCUGCACGCCGCUGCCCCUGGGCCGGAUCUACGUGCAGGCGGCGCCGCAGGCCGACAUCAGCCGCCACGUCGCGCGCUUCCGCUUCGAGCUGCGCGCCGCCGGAGACGCCAACGGCGUGGACGCCGGGCGCGACGAGUGCCGGCCCUGCACGGACGCCGAGAUCCUGCGGUCGGCUUGCAGCAGCGACUUUGUGAUCGGGGGCCACAUCCAGAGCGUGCACCCGGACCGCGACGCCGACGAGGCCGUCAUCGCCGUGCGGGUGGCGCGCGUCUACCGGCACCGGGGGGACGUCGACCACCGCCUCCGCCGUCUCCUCCUCCCCCCCCCCGCCGGAGAUCUCGGCGUCGGCAACGCGACCGGCGCCCGGGAGCCGCCGCCGCCGCUGCUGCUGGUGCGGACCCCGCUGCGCUGCGGGGCGCGAGCCGGCCGCGGCGAGUUCCUGCUCGCCGGCUCGCUGCACUUCGGCCGGCCGCGGCUCGACUGCGCGCCGCGCCUCCCCGACUUCCGCCGAGCGUACGAGCGCGCCGCCGGCGCCGGCCCCUGCGAGAUCGACGUCGGCUAGGACCCGCGGCGCCGCCGCCGCCGCCGUCGCCGCCGUCGCCCCCCUCCUCCUCGUAAUCGUCCGCCCCGCGCGGUUUUGUUGAGCGGCCGACCGGAGCGCCUCACCCCCUCGUCUCCUGCUGGGGAGUCGCCGCCGACGCCGAGACGCUGCCCGCCCCCCCGGUGGACGCUGCCCGCCCCCCCGGUGGACGCUGCCCAUGCGGAACCGUUGGGUGCUCGCGAGCCGCGGUGCGCGUGCCGCACGACGUGGCGAGCAAUCGCCGACUCGCCGUACGGAGUUUGCCAUCGACAAAGUUCGCGAUGGGUUUGGCGUCUCCUGUGUGUGUGUGUGUAUAUAUCCGGGCUACGGCUCCAGCAGGAAACGUGAACGCUUCCCGGCAAAGAGACACCGUUUGUAGCGAACAAGACAGAAUAACAGGAUUGUGCCAUUAAUGGGAAUGUGGAAUUUUCCGCGAUUGGCCAGGGACCAUCAGUGGACACAAGCAAGCAUCGCCCAACAUCCGAUUUAACACUGCGCCUCUCACUUUAUUUUGCAUUGUGAACAGUACGGUCAGCAUUGGGACUGCCGAUGCAACUUUCUUCGUGAACAAAAGCAACUCGCGUCUUCUUGGCAUUCAAUAUAAACGAGACUGCAAGCCGCUGCUGCUACCGCCGCCGCCAACUAUGAUUGAGCCACAUGCGAUGAGCAUCGUGCAAACAACUCGGGCGAUGGAGAGGGCGCGCCCUGCACGACGGUUUGCGGUCAUCGCCAGCUCAGCCCCGAGGUGGAAAGUAGCUCAAAGGAGAGGGCGAAUUCGUUGGAGGGCGGUGGGGGGGGUGAAAGGGAGGUGGGGGGGGGGCACCCACGGGAGUAGCUGUGGGGAGCGAUGGGGUUUUUAUAGCGCGCGAAGGGCUCCUAAAGAACGCGCUGUGCCCGUGCUCGCAGCUGACAUUUUUGAGCGAAUGGAGAAAUCGGAAUCGAGCGACAGCUUUUCCAAGAAGAGCGCCGUGAUUAUUGUGUUUUGGCUAUAUAUUUUUUUUUAUUUACAGGGGUGACCCGGGCUGCGGCUGCGGCGGCGGUUACGGCGUCUUAAAGUUUCGCAAAACCUGCUCGGCAGCAUAAUGGAGCAAUGCACAAAAAGAAAAAUGCCAUGAAAGCUUCGACGGCAUUAAUAACUGACAAACGA